UUCGCCGUCCCCAUCUACCCUAUAACCACCUGAUAGAUUAAUAUAUCGCCUCAAACCUCCGACCGAUCACUUCAGAAAUCGGAACCUCCUUCAACCCUAAAUCGAUGGCCGCACAACCUGCCAAAGGACGGCAGUGUCGGACAGUGUUUCCCCAUAUCUCCGUCAUCCUCUACCGCUAUAAAUGAUGGCUUAGCCAGGGAACAGUUUCGGUUGUAUUUACUCAUUGAUGCUCUUUGGUGAAGAUUGUGAUAGACAUAAUAAAUACAAAUCAAAUGCCAACUUUUAAGAUGAAAACGAAGUCAUCAGGAGACUUUACAAGAGAAAGUAACGGUCUCCAUGUCUGUAAAAAAUCGAGCAAGAUAUCCAAGAACUCGCUCACUCACACGAGAAAUUUGCAACACAAAGCAGAACUUGACACACGUACUCCUAACGCGCAGGAUGAUUCUUUUGUAAUAAAGCUGAUGAAAGAACCAACUGUUGUCAAAUGGUAGAUGGAGACAAUAUUCAGUUUCAAAAGCACAUAUCACCUUCAAGCGCGAUGGGUCAUACAGAAACUUGCUCCUCAACAAUAGAAACAAUCUUUUCACCGAUAUUGGAUGCAAUCGACACUGAACCAAAUAUCUACGACUACGGAGGUAAACAAUGGAGGGAAAGUGAUCUUGUGCUGCCAUCAUGUGGAGAUGAUGAUGUUAAUGACACUUUACGAAUGUCGUGUGAAUAUUCAGAUUUGUUCAUCCCCGACAUGAUUGUUUCCAGCUCACGUUUACUCGAUUACGAAUACGAUGAAUCAAGCAGAUUUUUCGGAGAUGAGUGUUUGUUACUUCCGUUUCUAGAAGAUAACAUUCAGACAGAAAAUCGUUUUGUAGAUGGUAGCGUUUAUUCUGAACCUGUAAUCGUUUCCGAAGAUUCAAACUUAUAUGUUGCCAUCCAUCAAAUGACCCUAGGUCUUGCGGUGGCGAGCGAACGUGGAACAGAUGAUGCUAGAAGAAGAGGUGUUGCCUUUGCUCGUGCAUUUUCAGCUCAUUUGGCAAGAUUGAUGGAAGAACCUGCUGCUUAUGAAAAUUAG